GGGAAGAGCCGGUUUCUCUGCAGAGACGCGGUCCCGUUCCCAGCCGAUCCCAAUGCAACUGCUCGACUUCCUCCUCCUCCUCUACGCUGUCGUCUGUGCGAACUUUUGCAGCCGUCAGGGCACCACUGCCCCUGCCCAGAGCGGAUCUAUAAAAGCCUUGCGAUCCUCGAAUAUCAGGCGAGAUGAGAGCAAUCACCUCACAGACUUGUACCGAAAAGAAGAGACCAUCAGCGUGGCAGGGAAUGGCUGCAUCCACAGUCCACGCUUCCCCAGCAGUUACCCCAGGAACCUCCUGCUGACAUGGCGGCUCCACUCUGCGGAGAGCACAAGGAUCCAGCUGGCCUUUGAUAAUCAGUUUGGACUGGAGGAGCCUGAAAAUGAGAUCUGCAGGUAUGACUUCGUGGAAGUGGAAGAUAUAUCAGAGACCAGCACAGUUAUACGAGGACGGUGGUGUGGACACAAGGAAGUACCUCCAAGAAUAACAUCAAGAACAAAUCAGAUAAAGAUAACCUUCAAAUCCGAUGACUACUUUGUGGCUAAACCUGGAUUCAAGAUUUGUUACUCCCUUGUGGAUGAUUUCCAGCACGCAGCCUCAGAAACCAACUGGGAGUCAGUCACAAGCUCUGUCUCAGGGGUAUCCUAUCCCUCUCCAUCAGUGACUGACCCUACGCUCACGGCAGAAGCUCUGGAUCAAACCAUCGCAGCAUUUGACACGGUGGAGGAUCUGCUGAAACACUUUAACCCUGACUCCUGGCAAGAAGAUCUCGAGAAUUUGUACACAGACAGUGGCCACCAUUAUCGAGGCAGGAGCUACCAUGACAGGAAGUCCAAAGUUGACCUGGACAGGUUGAAUGAUGAUGUGAAACGCUACAGCUGCACUCCGAGAAACUACUCUGUCAAUUUAAGGGAGGAACUGAAGCUGACAAACGUAGUUUUCUUCCCCCGCUGCCUCCUUGUCCAGCGCUGUGGAGGUAACUGUGGCUGUGGGACUUCAAACUGGAAAUCCUGCACAUGCAUGUCAGGAAAAACAGUGAAAAAGUAUCAUGAGGUGCUGAAAUUCAUCCCUGAGGCUGGGCAUCCCAGAAGAAAAGGCAGAACCAGGAACAACAUGGCCUUAAUAGAUAUACAGCUGGAUCACCAUGAGCGUUGUGAUUGUAUCUGCAGUUCAAGACCACCCCGAUAG